UAUGGGUGAUCUAGAAACUUGGCUUCCAAUACGCUAGUUUUGUACUGGUUCAUGAUCCAUAUAAAUAGGCUUUGCCCUUCACUUCACGUAGGCCUUUUUCGCUCAUGAAUCACCAUCCAACCCAUACACUAGAAUCUAGAUUUUGACCCAAUAAAAAUAAAUAUAUUUUUAUAUUUACAUGUUUGGGUUUGUGCUUAAACAUUUUUUUCUUUUUCUAUUUUCCUUUUUUUUUUCACUUCCUUAGAAAGUUAUGUUUGCUUUGGAUACGCAUGACAAAUAAAUAUGGUCGUUGUUUUUGAUGAUUUGAAUUGAAGACCGAAGUCGACAUCAAAGUGAAUUUAAAAAUUGAGUUCAAUUAAAUUCAACAUAAAAAGACAUAGAACCCACUAGAGUCAUUAAACUCACGAAAGACAUAAAGUUCACAAAACACAACAGAGACUUGAAAAACCCUAAGAUAAAGAACAGGGAAAUGCUACACCACUCAAAACCCACGAGCGACGCCAUCAAUGCAAGACCACAACCCCCGAAGAGAAAACGAUAACCAAAGCUACAAAUAGAAAAUGGUGGUAAAUAUGAUUGUUGUCUGAAUCUUAAUCCUAUAUUUGUCCGUAUAUAUUUGUCGGAAUCUCAAUGUACUUAAUGUACUUAAUUAAUGGUUCAGAUUGAAAACAACGUAUUUGUCGGUAUAUCUGUGUCCUACUUAUUAAACCAAAUCCAUAUCCUGAUCUUACUGGUGAUGCAGUAAUGUAAUGGAAGAGUACCAAAUGGAGAUGAAGGGACUUGCUGCAAAACUGAUAGAGCUCAUGCUUCGAUCAUUGGGCUUGAACAAUGAAGAUGUCAAAUGGCUCAGACAUCCUCGGUCCUUGCUUCAACUCAACUCAUACCCCGUCUGCCCAGACCCGACCCGGGCCAUGGGCCUAGCCCCUCACACAGACUCCUCAUUGCUCACUUUGCUAUACCAGACCACUACAGGCGGCCUGCAAGUCCUUGUGGACGGGGUUUCGUGGGCGCCGGUGUACCCAACUGCCGGUGCGCUGGUUGUCAACGUCGGGGAUUUAAUGCACAUACUAUCCAACGGAUGUUUCAAGAGUGUAGUCCAUCGUGCCAUUGUCAACAAAGUGCACCAUCGCAUCUCCAUCGCAUACUUCUACGGCCCACCAUGGGAUGUGAAGAUAUCGCCGUUGAUGAAAUUGAUCGAUCACAAUCAUCCACCUCUCUAUCAGCCGGUAACUUGGAAGGAGUACCUUGGUUACAAGGCAACGCACUUCAACAAGGCGCUUGAACUCAUCCGGAAUGAUGGAGGAGAAAUACAAGCCAACUAGCUAGCAUUCAUCUUUGAUUUCAACUCAUCUUUGGUUUGGCUGAUUGUACAUGUAAUUUGUAAAAUGAAAUGGUUGAUUAGGUAAAAUAAAACAUUCGGCUAUCUUUAAGACUGCCUUCAUAUACGUUUCGUCUAGCAAAAUAUCAUUUACAUUAUAAGCCCCUGUGAGUUGAAAGAGAUCCUUUUGAUCAAGUUUGACAUCGUUAGGCUGGUUGGCCUUGGUCUUGGUCCAACAAAAUUCUUCUAUGGGUUAACUGGGGCUGGGUUAAAAUCUAAAACCCUUUUACCAUACGCUAAAAA